AAAAAAUCUACACAUACCUAAUGGAAAGGCACGGGAAACAGAGUCCCCGCCGCUCCUCUCUCUCUCAGCACUCCCGCCACUCCCCCAAAAUUCCCCACGGAGAAGAAGGAACCCUAGACUGCUUUGGCGCGGAAUCAACAUGGAGAACCAGCGGAGCGCUGUCGGCUGGCGAAUCCACCCUCCUCCGCCUCCCCAUCUCCCCCCUCCACCCCCUCCAUCCACGCAAGGGCAUGACGACCAGAAAUUUGGGGGAAGUCAAGAAAUCUCCCUAGAAGGUACCGCUAAGAAUUCUGGUAGAGCCAAGUGGAAUCAUCAGAUGAAGGCAUAUCUCAUUGAACUCUUAAGAGAUCAUGAUGUUCCCAAAUACCGGACAGUACAUGCUCCACAAGUUGAGGCAAACUCGGCUCAAGGAAAUGACUUGACAGUACAUGCUCCACAAGUUGAAGCAAUACCAAUUUCCUCACAACAUGUUGGACAAACCUUGCAUGAAAUUCCACAAGUUGUACAUCGCAAUCGUCGACCAUCUAGCUCAGCUCCUGAGGUUACUAGCAGGAAGAGAGCGAAAAAGCAAAAGACGACCAGUAUUGAUGAUUUUCAUGAGAGAUACCUGAAAUUCAGAAGGGAAGAAAUAGAUAGGUAUGCAGCCAUUGAGGAGAGGAAAUUAAAGGACCCCUUCAGCAUCAAGAAAUGCAUCAAAGCACUUGAAAGGUUGGAGGGUCUUUCGAUGGCCGAUAUGCUAAAAGCAGCGGACAUCUUCACCGCCAACAAGGAGAACAGGGAAGUAUUUCUAUCAUUUUCAAGUAACGAAUUACGGUUAGGUUAGUUGACUGGAAAAAUUCGGAAUACCUAAUCAAAUGAACUAGUAUUUCGUACUAGGGGAGGGCUAGCUUAAAACUGAGAUAUAUUUUGUGCAUGUGCAUUUAUGGACACAUGGAUAUGAUCCUUGGCGUAGGUAACUUGUAAUAGGAUGUGAUAUAUUUUGUACAUGUGCAUCUCUGGACACAUGGUUAUGAUGCACUUGUCAUAUUUAACUUGUAGUAGGUUGUGCAUGUGCAUUACUGGGCACAUGAUUAUGGAAGUGUCAAACUCAUUAGAAUUUUAAUGCAAUGUUAAAUGGCUCCUAAA